AAGUUGGACCCAGAAACCCUCUACGAUGUGAAUGAGCGCAUCGGUCGGGGUGCGUUCGGGGAAGUUUUCAAGGGCGUCGACAAAAAAACUAAACAGACUGUGGCCAUCAAGCUAAUCGACCUUGAAGAGGCCCUUGACGAAUUGGAGGACAUACAACAGGAAAUAAACAUUCUCUCUCAAUGUGACAGUCCUUAUAUUACCAAGUACUACGGCUCCUAUUUAAAGGGUAGUCAGUUGUGGAUAGUUAUGGAAUAUAUGGGCGGGGGUUCUGCUCUGGAAAUCAGAAAACCUGGGCCAAUUGAAGAGAGCUUCAUCGCAAUCAUUCUCCAUGAAGUACUCAAGGGGUUGGAAUACCUCCACAGCGAGGGUAAACUUCAUCGUGAUAUUAAGGGUAAGUUUUUAUCUUCUAUAGUUGUAAUUUUUUUCUAA